AACAUUUCAUCCACUGAAACCUACUGCUAUACGAUCACAAUAAUGGGGUUCUUCUGUUCUCUUACUUUCUCCAUACAGUUUCUUCUUCUCUUCUCAUCCUCCCUGUUCACAAACUGUUUUACUUUGAAUGAUUUAACUACUACUCAUCAGCAUGAAUGCCAUCAACAUGAAAGCAAUGCCUUGCUCAGCUUUAAACAAAGCUUCUUCAUAAGUAAGUCUGCUUCCUAUAAUCCUUUCAGUUAUCCUAAAACUCUCACCUGGAUUCCAACCACAGAUUGCUGCUCCUGGGAUGGCAUCGAAUGCGAUGAACUCACAGGUCAUGUCAUUUCCAUUGAUCUUAGUAGCAGCCUGCUCUAUGGUUCCAUGGAUCCCAAUAGCACCCUUUUCUCGCUUGUGCAUCUUCAAAGCCUUGAUCUUUCAGACAAUGACUUCAAUCACUCGCAAAUUCCAGCCUGGAUAGGUGACUUGUCACAACUGAGGCAUUUGAAUCUUUCUCAAUUUGGUGAAACCACAUUGUCAGGUGAAGUCCCAACUCAAAUUUCCCAUUUGUCCAACUUGUUGUCCCUUGAUCUUCGCAGCUAUAUUAAUCCACAAUUUGAUUUUCCAUUAAUAAACUGUUUACAACUCAAAGAAUCCACUCUGCAAAGCUUAAUUCAAAACUCAACAAGACUAGAACAACUUCGCCUUAAUUUUGUCACCAUUUCAUCAUCAUUACCUCACACGCUCACAAACCUUACAUCUCUGCAAAAACUCUCUUUUCGCCAUUGUGAACUGCAUGGUGAGUUUCCUAUCGGAAUAUUCUCUCUUGCAAACUUAACAUCUUUGAAUUUUGGGGAAAACCAAAAUCUGCAGGGCACAUUACCUGCAUCCAUUGGAAACCUGACCAAUUUAGCUCUCUUGGCUCUUGAAGAUAAUAGCUUUCAUGGUGAAAUCCCUCGCUCUCUUUUUGGACUAGAGAAGCUUGUAGAUUUAUUUCUAUAUUCUAAUUUUUUCGAAGGCCGCCUAGCACUUGACAUGUUUUUCAAACUAAAGAUGCUUAAUACUCUUGACUUAUCUGUCAACAAAUUGUCUUUGUUCUCACAAAAUAGGGCUGUCAAUGUGACAAUCCUUCCUCCAAUUCAGUGGUUAGGAUUGAGUCAGUGCAAUUUAAAUGGAGAAAUUCCAACUUGGAUAAUGAAUCUAACCACUUUAAAUCACUUGGAUCUUCGUGGAAAUAAUCUUCAAGGUGAAAUUCCAUAUUUCCUCUUCAAGUUAGAGAAUCUUACAGGCCUUGAUCUAGGUAGAAAUUUAUUCGAAGGACAGAUCGAGCUUGAAAUGCUUUCAAAGCUCAAAAAGCUUACUGUACUUGGUUUAGGCGGAGGCAACAAAUUAUCUUUUCUUGAAGGGAACAACACUUCCAUUGUAACAUUUCCUUCUCAAAUUCAAUUUUUGGAUUUAAGGUCAUGCAACUUAGUUCAUUUUCCCAAUUUUAUACAGCACUUGCAAGAGUUGACUGAUCUUUACCUAUCAAACAACAGCAUAAAGACAAUACCGAGUUGGUUAUGGAACAAAACAACUCUUCAGAGUUUGGAUAUUUCCAACAACCUAUUGAUAGGAAAAAUACCCGCCUUGAUAUGUAAUCUACAAUCACUUGGGUUUCUUGAUUUAUCUUCCAACAAUUUAAUUGGCAGGAUUCCAUCAUGUUUAGGAAGCUUUAGCCGAUCUCUUCACAUUUUGAGGCUCGCGGGAAACAAAUUGAUAGGUAAUAUUCCUCAAAACUAUGCGAAAGAAAAUGCACUUCAGUUGAUUGAUUUUAGCUCAAACAAGUUGUGUGGUCAAUUACCAAGAUCAUUUGUCAAUUGCAGAAUGCUAGAGCUUCUUGACGUAAGUCAUAACCAUUUCAAUGAUUCAUUUCCUUUUUGGUUAGGAUCUCUCCCUAAUUUAAAGCUCAUUUUUUUACGUGAUAAUAAAUUUCACGGAGCUAUAAAGUGUCCAUUCAAAUGCACAUUUCCUCAGCUUCGUAUCAUUGAUCUUUCUCAAAAUGAUUUUUCUGGAGAAUUGUCAUCAGAAACAAUCAAGAAUUUCAAAUCGAUGACACUUUCCAACACAAGCCACCAAGUACAGUUCAAGGACGACGUUUAUCAAUUGCAACAUACUUGGGUUGAUCUUAGUUUGUUUGUAAUUCGAAUGCAUAACAAAGGAGUAGUCAUGAAGUAUCUUGGGCGUCAAUACUUUCAUUACAUGAUUGCCAUUGAUCUUUCAUGUAACAAAAUUUUCGGUGAGAUUCCAGAUAUCAUGGGAAGUUUGAAUGGUCUUGUUGUGCUCAACUUGUCCAAUAACAUGUUUACUGGCAGCAUCCCAUCUUCCUUCGGAAAGCUUUCAAAUCUCGAAGCCUUGGACCUUUCUGCCAAUAGCCUGUCAGGGGAAAUCCCCCAACAACUCACAGAGUUAACAUUUUUGGAAUUCUUCAAUGUGUCUUUCAACAAUCUCUCGGGUCCAAUCCCAGAAAAUAGACAAUUUUCCACUUUUCAAGAUAAUUCAUUUGAGGGAAACAAUGGUUUAUGCGGGUUUCAAUUGCUGAACAAAUGUGAAGAUCGUUCUAAGCUUCCACUACCAACAAUACCUGAUGGUGAUCAAGACUCUGAGUCAGGAUCUUUCUUUGAAUUGUAUUGGAUGGUAAUUCUAAUUGGAUAUGGGGGUGGCCUUGUUGCUGGGUUAGCACUGGGAAAUGCUUUUGCUGGAGAUGUUUAUAGGUUGCUGAAGAGGAUCUUUUAAGUCACAAGUCUAGAUGUUGGUUUUUUCAUGUGUGUAAUCUUAGACUAUUUUUAUUUUUGUGUGUUGCAUUUGAAGUUGUUGUGUUCCUUUUAUGUAAGAGUCUGCUAUGUGUAUACCCAAAUAAAAGUAGGCAAGGAAAAAAGAUAAAUAUAGUCUGUUAUAUAUCUAUUUUGUUUUGCUAUUUUUGAUGUAAGAAAAGUCAUACAUUGUGUUCUUUGCUUAAAUAAUCCAUUUCCCUUUGCAUACUCUCUC